CCUCGAAAAAUUCCAUAAUCUACGCUCAUGUUGUGGCAAUUCCAUUUCCGGCUAGAAGAAGAAUGCGGGGCCUACCGACAGUCUUCUUCAGAAGAAAAGAAGAAGUGAAAGAAUUUCCAACUAUAGAGCAUAGCAUGCGAUCCCCAAUCUCAUCUGGAAAUGGCAGGUAGCAGAGGAAGCACAAGCCAGAGGAAGAAGAGCCGUUAUGAUGCAUUGCGGUUGCUUUUCUGCUUGUUUCUUGUUUUGAGCAUUUCUGUAAUACUAAUCGCCUUGAGCAAACGAUCUCUUGAUCCCACUCGCUCUCUCUACAGAUAUCUCUACCACUCACCAAACUCAACCACCAAUCUUACUACCUCUUCUUCUCGCCUCCUCCCUUCUCCUCCAUUGGCCGAUUCCCACCCUUCCCCAUCAUCAUCAUCAUCAUCAUCAUCAUUCCUUCUGAUACCCAAUUCAUCGUCUGAGUCUGUUUAUCCCGGACAGCUUAACCAGAAUAAUAAUAAUAAUUUCCGCAUUCCCGAGAGGGAUUCCGGAUCUGUCAGCGCAGACACUAUUAUGGUUGACGAUGGUAGAGCUGGUGGUAACGAGAGUAGAACUGAUGGGUUUGGGGAAGACAAUCUAAAUAAUAUAUCCUCCACCAACUCCUCCUCCUCCUCCUCAGUUGUGGAAAUUUUAGAGAACGAGAAUUGGCCCUCCUGCGAUCUGUAUGUGGGCAAUUGGGUGAGAGUCACAGAUGAGGAGGAGGAGAAGGAGGCCUACCCGAUUUACAAACCAGGGUCUUGCCCAUACGUUGAUGAGGCUUUUGACUGCCAGAGGAAUGGAAGGCGCGACUCCGAUUAUCUGAAAUGGAGAUGGAAGCCCCAUGGUUGUGAGCUCCCCAGGUUCAAUGCAACAGACUUCUUGGUGAGAUUGAGAGGAAAAAGAUUGAUGCUGGUUGGAGAUUCUAUGAACCGGAACCAGUUUGAAUCACUGUUAUGCCUUCUUCGUGAGGGCUUACCUGAGAAGAGCAGGAUGUAUGAAGUCCAUGGCUAUAGAAUAACCAAGGGAAGAGGUUAUUACAUCUUCAAAUUUGAGGAUUAUGACUGCACGGUCGAAUUUGUGCGGUCACAUUUCCUUGUCAAGGAGGGAAUUCGUAUUAAUGCACGAGGAAACUCAAAUCCGACUCUCUCUCUGGACCGUGUGGACAAGUCAGCGGGAAGAUGGAAGCGAGCAGAUAUUCUAGUCUUCAAUACUGGGCACUGGUGGACUCAUGGAAAAACUGCUAGGGGGAGAAAUUACUAUAAAGAAGGUGAUUAUAUAUAUCCUCAUUUUGAUGCAGUGGAAGCUUAUAGGAGGGCCCUGAAGACCUGGGCGGAGUGGGUCGAUAGGAAUGUAAAUCCAGACAAGAAGUUGGUCUUCUAUCGAGGUUACUCUUCCGCCCAUUUCAGAGGUGGAGAUUGGGAUUCAGGUGGAUCAUGUAAUGGGGAGACUGAACCUAUAUUAAGGGGGGCCUUCCUUAAUGAGUAUCCAUUGAAAAUGAAGAUAGUGGAGGAGGUGAUCCGGGAAAUGCGGGUUCCGGUAAUAUUAUUGAACGUGACCAGGUUGACCAAUUUCCGCAAGGAUGGGCACCCAUCUAUGUACGGCAAGAAAAUCUAUGAUGGGGGAAAUAAGCUGAACGUGGUCUCCUCCACCAGACGCCGCCGCCAAGAUUGCAGCCAUUGGUGUCUCCCGGGUGUCCCUGAUGCAUGGAAUGAGCUUAUCUAUGCCAGUUUGGUGUUUCGACAACUUAAUUCCUCUGCCCAUUUAAUUCCCAAAUAACCUCUGAAUAGUUGUUUGGACACUAAAUUACAUUUAUGUAUCAUUAGUGCCAAUAUUGGUGCGUUUGGGACAAUGAAACCGAUUAGGCCUUCUACUCAUUCUACUAUAAUGGUUACACAUGA